ACGGAACACUCUCCAACGAUCACUGAGAGACCACUUUACACACCGCCAUGCCUCGUAGGUGACAUCAAUAUGGCUCCAAUUGAUCUCGAUAGUCUUUCCAGCAACUGGAAGAACUUGCAGGCGAAAUUGAAGCCCUCGACCCCAGCUGCAUCUCCGAAGGUCAAGAAAGUUGAAGACGAGGACCAGAAUUCGUUCAAGCGCAAGAGAUCUCAGCACAUCAAUGGGAAAGCGACGCAUAUCUCCCCCAAGUCAGUGAAUGGCGCAGGAUCGAGCACACCACGAAAGUUGCCCGGGUCUAGAAAGCGACAAAAAAUGGAGGAACCCGCCUCUGUCGGCGCCUCAAUCAAGCAACAUGACACCAAAUCCCUCUCUCGGGGCGUCUCGAUGCCCUCGCUCAAGCAGAAUCCCCUCCUCGGCUCCUCGAAAGAUGCCGACCAAGCCGUCUCUGUUAUCGCAGCCCAUCCCGACUUCCCCGACAUUGAGAACGAAGGCGUAUCUGAGGUGGCACUGCCCGGCAAAUAUGUUGCGCUGGAUUGCGAGAUGGUGGGAGUAGGCCCAGAGCCCAAUCGCGACUCUGCGCUAGCAAGAGUAUCCCUCGUCAAUUUUCACGGGCACCAAGUCUACGAUUCCUACGUUCAGAUCCCGCGGAAGAUCGAGGUGACGGACUACCGCACAGCAGUCUCUGGCAUCGAGCCUAAGCAUCUGCGAAAAGAUGUCGCGCGUCCCUUCGACGAAGUACGAAACGAUCUCAAAAUCCUCCUUGGCGGACGCAUACUCGUUGGCCACGCCGUGAAGAACGAUCUCGAUGUGCUGAUCUUGAAGCACGAUAAACACUUCAUCCGCGACACAUCCAAGUUCUCCAAAUUCAGAGCGCUGGCCAUGACGCCAGGCAGAACACCCGGCUUGAAGCUACUAGCCGAGAAACUGCUAGGCGUAGAGAUUCAGGUUGGUGCACAUAGCUCAGUCGAGGAUGCAAGGGCUACUAUGGCGCUGUAUCGACUUGAUAAGGGCGACUUCGAGAAGGAGAUCCGGCAAAAGUAUGGACAUGUCCGGUUAGAAGCGGUUAAACCAGAGGUUGCUCUUGCUGAAGGCGAAGAGCUAGUAAAGAAGACUCGGAAUCGAAAGAAGAAAAAGAAGAGGAACUAGUUUAUUCAUGGGUUGGGACCUAUAUUUUGGCAUUGGGUGUGAAUAUCGGCUUGCACUUGCAUGGAGUUUUGCAUCAUGGUACGGAUACCCUCAAAAGCUUAUACAUCACAGUCGCGAACAUGUUGGACCUUGUAGCGAAUAGUUUUGAACGCAACUUAGGUCACCCUCCAAACUUUGACAUCCC